UUUUUUAACGCUUAACCCAACUGUUUUAAUUCAAGGAGGGAGGAGUAACAAAUUAACAAUCAUUCAAAAAGAAUGAUUGAAAGAACUGCAAUAUUACACUACUUCCUUCUCUCCUUUCCUUUAUGUCGAUCGUUUCUUCUUCUCAGACGCUCACACUUUCUGCAAACUUCUAUGGGAAAUCAACGAUAGUGUGUCGCAAAUCGCAAUUGAUAUAUAUCACUCGAGACUGAUUUUUCAGUGGUUUAGGGAAUACCAAGUGGAGAUUCUUCAUCAAGAUUUUGUUUCAAUGCAGAAUAGUAUAGCAGUGUUUGAGUUUGAAUUUUAAAAUGUCAAUGUCAAGUGCGUCGAGUCCGGUUAGAAGGAAGCCUGUGAAACGCGGAGGCGGAAUGUCUAAUGCUUUGUCAAUUGCAAAUGAUCUUGGUUUCUCAGUGUCGUCUACGCCUUCAUCCCGGGAAGGACUACAGAAUUCAUCUCCAGCAACAACUAGGGAAAAGGGUGAGGACUUGAUCAAGGUUUUGAGAGAACUAACCAAUGUCCAAAGAAAAAUAGCAAAUUUGGAAAUUGAACUCCAAGGUCGAAAGGAUCAUGAAACUUCUGGAUAUUUGACACAUGUGAGUGAAAUGGAGAAGAAGAUUGAGACGUUGUCAAGGAUUACUACUAUUCUCAAAGAUGUUAUUCAGAAUAAGGAUUGCAUAAUAGCUCGUCUGCAGCGGCCAUAUUCCCUAGAUUGCAUUCCUGUUGAAGUAGAAUAUCAGAAACAAUUCUCUGAACUACUGAUGAAGGCAGCUAGCGACUAUGGUACCUUGACAGUAUCUGUGGCAGAUUUGCAUUGGAGUAUGAAUUUUAAGGAACCUCCUUCUCUUUGGGGGGACAUGCUUCGACCUAUUCCUCUUGCUUUGGCAUAUUGCACUCAGUACUUUGAAGCUAUGUCUGCCACAAGAGUAUCACUUGCAGCACUUCAGAAACUAAGAGAGCGCAAUUUUGAUUCUUCUUUAGCCAGGACACCCACAAGUGAUUCUUCCCAGAUACUAUGUGGUGUUUCUGAUUGUCUAACUUCACUUCCAUCACAAUAAUCGUAGAAGAUAAAGGAUCCUGUGUUGCCCUCACCCAGUUAAACAAGAGUGUUACGUAGUUAUCCAACACAUCUGCAUCUUUCUUGUCAUAUAUCAUACUUCAUUCGCUUGUACAUAUCAAUAACAUUGCUUCAAAGUUUAAUAUUUUCAGUUCACAAGGACAUCAUAUUCCACACUUUGCCGGUUCCAGUGCUGCAAUGCUAAAAAUGGAUGUUAUUGACUCACGAUAUGUACAUCUUGCUAAAUAAUUUUUCUUCAAAGAAAAACAUCACUAAAUAGUGUAAUCUAUUAAGUUGUGUAUAUUAGGUACAAUCAUGAUAAACCUUUCAAAUUCAAAAUCUUUAAAUACAGCAAAACUUUAUUA